AUGAGAGGACAUCAAAAGAGUUCACCAAAUCUUAAAUUUCUACAACCAUAAUUAACUGCUCGUUAACCAAAGAGAACUGAUUCCAUUAACUUACGAUAUGAUAUACUGAAAACCUAGCGCAACAAUCAGACUGAGAAUUCGAUGUCUAUUGACAAAAUAUAUUAAGUCACUCCAAGUAGAGUACUCACUCUUAAGAAUGUGUCUCGAGUUUUGAAAUAAAAUUUCAUUCAAAAAACAGAACCCAAUGAAACCUUCGAGAAACAAAACAUUCCAGACAAUCAAAGAGUUUUAAGCAGAAAAUAAACAGCUCCCAAAUUAAUCUACAGACCCAUCACCAAAUAGAAUAGUGAUGCAUUCUCCAUCAAAGACUCGCCAAGGAUAGUUCAAAACACAAGCAUGCAUGAUACUAACUCAAUUUAUUAUAUUUCUGAUGUUGUCACUGCUUUUGAAAGUAAGGAUAACUAUUUCAACAGACUUUUCAAGGAUCAUUUUUAAUCAAGCUUCAUGUCAUUUAAAUAAUGUGCUAAUUCCAAGAUAAUUUACAGACCAAAACCAGUGAUUAUCCCAAAGGAUCCAAAAGAUAAUAAUAAAAAGUAUACAGUACUACUUGAUUUGGAUGAGACCAUGGUACAUUGCACGCUAGAUCUGAAAUUGCCUUGUGACAAAAAGCUAAUCAUCAAACUUUCUUAAGAUGAAACAUUUUAAGUUGGCGUCUCUGUUCGACCUGGUUUACAGGCAAUGCUCGAAUUGUUGGAACCUAAUUUUGAGAUCAUCGUGUUCACUGCCUCACAUGGAUCAUAUGCUAAACGAAUCGUCGAGUACAUUGAUCCGAAGAGAAUCAUAUCUCGAGUCCUGUCGAGAGAGCAUUGUUGCUUCUCUGAUCAAGGCUAAUAUGUCAAGGAUUUGUCCAUUAUCAAGAAUCGGCCACUUUCUAAGACUGUUCUAGUAGAUAACUCUGCGAUUAGUUACUUCUUCUAACUUGAUAAUGGCAUCCCCAUUGUUCCAUUCUAUGAUAAUAAGCUGGAUAAGCAGUUGCUUUUCCUAGCCAAAUAUCUCAAUGGAAUGGUUGGCACAGAUGAUAUUCGAGAAUAUAAUCAAAAAAAUUUAAAAACCUUCUUGCUUGCUAAGUUACAAACUUGGGAAUAAGUUCUAGAUAUGUAUAAAGCACAUCACAAUUCUAGAAAAAAUUGA